AUGGCUACCAAGAAAAAUAUUGCAGUACUCGGCUCAACCGGCAAUCAGGGUGGCUCUGUUGCCAAGAUAUUUCUGAGCGACCCGAAACUCAAGAAAGAUUGGACUGUCCGUGCUAUUACGCGAGACGUUACUAAGGCGUCUGCUAAGAAGCUUGAAAGCCAAGGUGCUGAGCUUGUUGCAGCCGACAUCAAUGAUGGCAAGUCAUUAGCCAAGGCCUUCUCUGGUGCCGCAGCAAUUUUUGCCGUCACGAACUACUGGGAUACUAUGAGCAAAGAACGUGAAGAGCAACAAGGCAGGACAAUUGUAGAUGCGGCAAAGGAUGCUCGAGUACAACAUUUUAUUUACAGCUCGUUAAUCGACGUUGCCAAGGCUACUAAUGGUAAAUUGCUCAAUGUUUAUCAUUUCGAUAGUAAGGCCGUUGUUGAGCAAUAUGCUCGCGACGCCGGAAUUCCAGCGACUUUCUUUCAGCCGGGUUUCUUCAUGUCGAAUAUCCCUGGACAGUUGCUGGCUCAAGAGUCGCCUGAAAAGCCGUGGACACUGGCGGUGCCAACACCAGAAACAGCGCCAUUCCCCAUGUUUGAUGCCGAGGCUGAUACGGGAAAGUUCGUCAAGGCCAUCAUAUUGAAGCGUGACGAGGUCCUAGGCAAGCGCGUGCUUGGUGCCACAGCGUACCAGACCCCUGCAGAGAUUCUCGUGGACUUCAAGAGCGCCUUCCCUAACGCCAGCAAGGAUGCUAAAUUCUUCUCCCUCCCUCACGAAAUGUUUACAGCUACAUUGAAAGGACAAGGCAUGCCAGACUUUGCAGCUGAGGAACUAUUGCAAAACUUCCGCCUAAUGGAUGAGGGUGGUUACUACGCUGGAGAGAAGUUGGAUUGGAGCUUAUCUAUUCUCGAGGAUAAGCCAACAACUUGGCUAGAACAUUUAAAGGCAGCGAAAGCCUUCCAAGGCCUGAAUUAG